AUGGAUAAGGGUAAACAACCCGCUCAAGGAGAUUGGGUGACAAUUGCUAGAAAAGCAAACUCCAAAGAAGAAAAAGUUUAUGUUGCGUUUGCAGGAAAACAACCUGGAAUUUACACAGAAUGGAAUGAUUGCAAAACACAAGUUUGUGAAUAUUCAGGAGCGAGCUAUAAAGCAUAUGAUAGCAUGACCAAAGCUAAAAAAGCUUUUUACAGUGCACCAGCUAUGCCUGUUUAUCAAAAGAAUUUUUGUCCAAUGAGAACUAACCCAGUUCCAACUAACAUUCAGAUAUCUAUACCAGAUGAAUCUGAAAUAAAAGAUUUUUUCAAUCCUGGUAUAUCCGAGAAAUUUAUACAGAACUCAAUGGAGUCUGGAAAACUCACAUUGUAG